GUUCACACUUCACAACUCUCGAAACUCGAAAGCACGUUAACAGUUGUUCGAAAUCGAAUGUUUCUCGGCUUAGUUCUGAUUGCUCGAUCUCGCUAACGCGUUCAUACUUGAGAAAUCACUAAAAGUUUGAUGAUAAUCGAGGGUGGAACCCCAAUAUUUCAUCUGCCCGCGCUGCGAAUCAAAGAAGAAACUAACAGAAAUACCUAAUUCUGUUCUGUAUGCGUUCUAUGACGGACGAGCCAAAACCCUAACUUGGUUUACUCAACAUGGAUGCUAAGGACAUUCUGGGUUUGCCCAAAACCUCCUUUCCUGCACCUCAGGAGAAGAAGUCUCGACCUCAAAAGGAUUCUCAGAGGAAACCAGAUGGAAUUUCUCGAGAGGUUUACGCACUUACAGGUGGGUUGGCGCCUAUUAUGCCUGCAAUCGACGUCUCUCACUUGAAAAAACGUACCCAGUCAGAGAAAGGAAAGGUUACUUGGCAGUGGCUUCCAUUCACGUCUUCUGCUCGGAAAGAUAAUUUACAACUUUAUCAUUGGGUGAGAGUUGUAAAUGGUGUUCCACCAACGGGUGACUAUUCUUUUGCUAAGUAUAACAAGUCUGUUGAUAUUAUCAAAUACACUGAUGAGGAGUAUGAGAAGUAUCUAACUGAUCCUAUGUGGACCAAAGAAGAAACGGAUCAAUUAUUUGACUUGUGUGAAAGGUUUGAUCUCCGUUUCAUUGUAAUAGCUGACAGGUUCCCAUCAUCUAGAACCGUGGAGGAGCUGAAGAAUCGUUAUUAUAGUGUAUCUCGAGCUAUUAUUGUUGCUAGAGCUCCAUCUCCUGCUGAUGUUGCUGGGCAUCCUCUUGUUAAGGAACCAUAUAAUGUUUCACAAGAGGUUGAGCGCAAGAGGGCAUUGUCAAUGGUUCUCUCCCAAACAAAGCAACAAGAACGAAAAGAUGCUGAAGUUCUUGCUGAAGCAAAGCGCAUAACUGAGUCACGCAUGCUUGCAAAGGGUGCUGAAGAAGCUGAGUUGCGUGCAGCCUCAGGUGUUGCACCUGAAAGUACUGAGAGGGUUACUACUGCUGCUGAAUCUGUAUCACCAUCUUCCAACAAUCAGCAGCAGUCUGGAGUUGUUGCAACAACAGCAACAGCAGAUGCUUCCUCUACUCCAGCUUCACUUCGCAUGCUUCGAGUAUAUUUGAGAACGACUGUUCUUGAGCAAAUGGUGCAAGCAGCGAGCUCAUCUGCUGGACUCCGAACUAUCAAGAGAGUUGAUCAGUUUCUGCAGGAUCUUGGGGUUAAUAUAAAACCAAAAGUUCCAACCAAAGCUGUUUGUGCAGAGCAUCUUGAAUUGCGGAAAGAAAUACUUACACUACUCAAUCUCCAGAAACAGCUGCAAUAUAAGGAGGCAGAAUCUUCAUCUCAUCGUGACAGUUCAUAUGCCGAAGCAGCAAGCACUCCUAAGCGUUUGCAUCGUGGUGGGGAUCAGGAUCGAUCAUUCAUUCCCAGUUCUAUUAAUUUUGGAGGAGAAAGAGUUGGUAAGCGGGAACACAAACGCAAGGUUCCUGGAAGAUUUUCAGAUGUACCUCCAUCGCCCCCUCAAUCUUCGAAGAGGCCUCGAAAAUUAAAGGCCUCUGAUUGAUCAUUUCAGAGCUGGAAAGCAGCUUUCUGGUGAUAUUAAGCCAACAAGCAUUGACUGGGAAAGUGAGCAAUAACGUAAGGGGAAAAUUCUUGAAUUAGGCUCUCCUGGCAGCUGCACAUUGAAAUUCUUUGUGCAUUGCUUUGCUUCUGACUUUUGAAAAUCCAUCUUGUGCAUAUGUACCAGUAAUACGAUCCUUAAUACUUAAGCAUGUCAUCUAGGAAACUAGGAUAUCACUCUGAACUAUUCCCCCCCCCCCCUCUCUCUCUCUCUUUCGUUUCUUCUUUUUGUUGGGGGGGGGGGGGGUUAGUGGUGGUGGUGGUGGUUUAGCCCUUCUAUGAGCCUUAAUGCAUAAACAGAUUCAAACACGUAUUCAAGUGAUAUGGGAGGGCUUCGCUUCUUCAAGAAUGGCUAACUAACAUUUAAUCUGUUGAAUCAAAAUCUAAUGCUUUCUCCCUUGAGACA